AUGUCUACUGUGACUCGGUCUUCGUCACUUCGACGUCAACCUCAGCGCACGGCCAAGAAUCCUCCGCCACCUCCGCCGAAGAAAGUGUCGUUACCUCAAAUAAAGAAACCUGUAGCUCGAGUACAGUCCAAACCUUCCACCAGCAACAAGAAUGGAAACUCGAGGAACUUGAGGUCGAACAAUGAACGCAGGAGACCGUUGGUUAACGAUGGUAAGCAUAUUAUAAUUGGUUUUUUAAUUUUUAGGUAACAAACGUUGAGUUUGGAGGAUGGUGUUUUAUAUAAGGUUUGCAAAAGUUAAUUUUUAUUAGAUAUUAUUUUUUGGUAACUUUUACUAUAUAAAAAGAAGUAAACUACUUCGAUUACAACAAUUUUGAUUUCAUACCUAAAAAUCAAAAAACGGAAGUAAUCUGCCCAAGGUUUUUAACAAACUGAUAUUGCAGAUGCUACAAAGAACAAAGUUACACAUAGAUUUAUUCAACUCGGCGAAAGAUGUCAGGUAACGAUGCCGAAAGAAGGUCCACAUCAAGGACCUUCUCAUAGUCCUGAAAGAGAAGUUUGUGUGUGGAAGAUGGACGGCAGUGAAAUGAAAGCUGAAGAAUUAGAAGAGUUUUGUUGUGAUACCUACGAGAAAUAUGGGCUUCCUUGUGAACGAGUAAGUAUUUUUAAUUUGCUUUAAAGAACGACUGUUUUUACUAUAAAGGUGGUAUAUCAAGCUUAAAUUUAGCACGGUCGUUGUUAUUCUUUAUUUUUUGAGUAAUUUUUAAACUUUAUAAUUGUAUAUUUUAAAAUGUAGUAAUAAAGAAGCAGUUCAAGGGCCUAAAGACUAAGAUUAAUAUGUUUAGGCCAUGUACGCUUUAUAUAACAACGAUUUUGAUAAGAAGAAGGCGAUGGUGCAGGCGGAGGAAUCAGCGUUGUUACAAGAACAAUGGUCAGAUAAUGAUUGUUUUGCUUUUAAUGGGCUUUUUGCUACCUACGGCAAAGAUUUCAGGAAGAUUCAUAAAAUGGUAAGCUGUAUAUACACUAUUUUACACCUAAAGUUGAAAAAGGGUUAUUCAAUCAAAUGCUUAAUAUAAUUUAAUUUUUAUUUUUUCAAAUAAUUAUUAUUUUGUAAAAUACGAAUGUAUUAACCAAUUCAUUUCAGAUGUCAUACAAAUCGAUGCGAAGUCUGAUCGAGCACUACUACAAGGUAAAAAUGGUCAGUUACAAGGUUGGAGGUCUGAUAGAAGCCACGAAACAGCCGAAUGUACCAGCAUUGAAUGGGUUUGAAGAGGAAGAUGAUGAAUAUGAUCUAGAUAAAACUGAGUCGGUUUGUGACAAUUGUGGUGCAACAGCUAUUCUGCAUCAGAUCAACAACGAAAUGCAGUGUUUGAGUUGUAAACGGUUUUUUGAGUACGUUUCUAAGCUUAUUUUUUGAAAGAUUCAGUACUUUUUUAGGUUUUGAUUUAAAAUUUUGAUUUUUAGGUAUUAAAAUGAAGAAGUGAAUUGAAAUGACAUUUUUAUUAGUUUUAUCAAAUGCACUAUCAAAACAUGAGCCAUCAUGGGUUUACGAUUGAUUUUUUAAUUUUACAUAGUUUUGGUUUUUCAGAGAAUUCAAUUACAAUCGACCAGUAGACAGAAGUGAUAAACGGGCUCUAUUAAAGUACGAUGAAGAAGCUCAGAUUUUAGCUGAUAAGUUCACUCAAAUCUUCUUCAAUGCUCCUGUCGAUAAAUCGAGGCCUAGUUUUGUGAAUAUGAGAGGGUAAGGCUACUUUUUUUUGUUUGGGUGGGGUGAUUUAAAUUUUUUUGUCUAAUGGGCUAUAAAUAACAAAGAUCAAUUGAAUUUACUUCAAUAGGCAAGUAGGUAAUAAUGUUUAAUUUUGUUGUUAUAGAAAACGCCAAGCCGAUGCCCGUGAGAUUAAAAUGAAAUCAGCUCAACAAGAACAAGCCUCGUUGAGAGCUGUGAAACAUUUGGCUGUGACAUUGGAACUGCAAGCUCAAAAGAAGUACAUGAACAAGAAGAAGCAUAAGCCAAAGCCAAUCGAUGCCUGGAACAAAACCGAACAGAAGAUUGCGAUUGGAUGUGAGUUUUACAUCUUUAUCAACUUUUUGGUUCAAUAUUCAUGUAAAUUUUUUGAAAAGUUAGGCUUAAAGUAAUCAGCAGCAAUAAUACUGUUAUUAAAUUUUGUCGUAUUUCACUUUUAUUUAAAGUAAAUCUAUAUGUUUACAGUGUUGGUCAGAUAUUCGGGGAACUGUGAGAAGACGGCGAGGAUAUUGGGCACAAAAACCGUGGAGAAUGUGGAGGCAUUGUAUAAGAAAUACGAGUCUUGUAUAAAGGAAGAGGUGGAGAAAAUCAAGAAGCAGGUCGAUCUCGAGAGUGAUGUGAAUGCAAUGUACAAGACCAUUACUCAGAAGACGCCACCGGUCGAUGUGGUGGAUCUGGACUGA